UCGAUAUAUACAGAUCCUGUUCCGUAAUUCCGACCGCGCUUGGUUUCCACUUAGUAUACAAUGACUGGCCAAAUCAUCCUCUUCGAGAUGCUAAGGCUGAGUCGGGCAUGGCCACGAAACUUCUCGAUCGCAACUGUCCCUCCAGGAUUACACCCACCAUUGACCGUGAACUCGCACCAAUCCUAAAGCUGAACACCUGUCCCUCAACCAUGACAACAUUGACCAAAACCCGCACUAUCGUCGUGCUGGGCGCAACGGGCAACCAAGGGAGCGGAGUCGUCCGCGCCUUGUUGCAAAAAAAUCCAUAUCACCCAGCCUCCUUCAGCGUCCGUGCCGUGACACGCGAUCCUAGCUCCCCCCAAGCGGAACGACUCCGCGCUGUCUAUCCAGAAGAAGAAGCCUCUGGCCGACUACAGCUCGUGCCUGGCGACGUCUAUGACGUCACAAGCCUAGAGCGUGCCUUCGACGGGGUCUGGGGCGUGUUUGCAGUCACAAAUAAUCGUCUCCCCGGGCAAAUGAUUGAAACCGAAGAGGACCUCGAGCAUGAGCUGGUAGCGGGAAGAAACAUCGUGGCCGCCGCCAAAGUAUCUGAGGUGCGUCAUUUUGUUAUCAGCAGUCUACCCAAUCUGGCGGACGCGAGCAACGGGCAAUUUCAAAAGGUCUUCCAUUUCGAUCAUAAAUUUCAAAUUGAGCAACUCGCAAAGAGCGAGUUGACUGCUGUGACGGCUUUGCGGCCGGGGCUGUUUUACACGAAUGUACAAUGGGUGCAAUACUGCCGGCGAAACGCAAAUGGGAUUGUCCGUUUUUGUCCGCCGGUCCCCCCGAACAAAACCGCAGAUUGGACCGAUCCGAGCUAUGAUAUCGGUAUAUAUGCAGCUGGCACGUUUGAUACAAUACCACAAUCUAUCCUCGUUAUAUGUUACGUGGUGAGCUCCAAGAUGCGUUUUGCUGAUCUUCCGGCCAUUUUUUCGACCGUGCGACAUCAAUCGGCAAUAUUCGAUCCUAUCAGUCUAGAUGAUUGGGGUGCUGCAGUUGCAAGGACGGUUGGCAAGGGGUAUGAAGAGGAUAUCAGGCAGAUGAUGGAAUGGAUUGCUGUUGCGCCAGAUGAGAAGAUUUGCUAUGGGACCAUGACCCCCAAGGAGGAUUGUUCUUGGGCGGAUCUUGGGGUGCGGGCUAGUACAUUCGAGGACUGGUUGAGGAGGUCGGGUUGGCAAGGACCAUGAAAUCCCUUCUUCAACUGGCUCUUUAGGAUAAUGGAGGUCAUAGUUGGCC